UGACAUUGAUUAUUUCCAAUGAAAGUCGUCCGUCCUCGCUCAGUGUUGCUAAUGUUAGCUCAGCUCGCUAACUGCUGACAGACCUGUCAGUUUGUGAUGAAGACAAACUGUUUCUGACGGAGUUUUUGUGAAGAAAAGGUGAAAAAUGGCCCAAAAAGUGCAGAUUCUGAGGUCACUGGUGGAGCAGAGACUAACUGCAGCUGCUGAAGAGAUAUUUGGGCUGUUUGAAAGAACCAUAGCAGAGUACGAGGAGGAACUUUGUCGAACUAAAGAAGAAAACCAGAGACAAAGACAAAUACUGGACUGUGUUUGGAAUCCGAGAGUUCUGAUUCACAAAACAGACAUCCAGCAACAGUUGGUGGUUCAAGAAGAGGUUCCUCCUGAGCAGCAGGAAUGGAAUCCUAUUGUGGACCAGGAGGAACCAGAACCAGAGCCCCCACACAUCAAAGAGGAACAGGAGGAACCGUGGACCAGCGUGGAAGUGAAUAUCACCAAGUUCGCAUCCACUCCUGUCCCUGUGAAGAGUGAAGAUGAUGAUGAGGAGAAAGUUGAAUCCUCACAGCAUAAACAAACACAAAUUGAGGAGAUCAAAGAGGAAGCAAAUACAGUGGACUGUGGAGGAUCAGAAACAUCCAGCAGCUUCUAUCCACAUAGACAUUUACAAAGAAUAAUUGAUGAGCAGAAUGAAGACUGUGAGGAAACCGAGAACAGCAAUGAAGACCAGAUCCUGAACCACAAACCUGAGUCAAAGCUUCCAACAAACAGCUCAAUGGAACAGAUGGAAACAGAAACUGAUGGAGAUGACGGUGGAGGAUCAGAGCCAGACAUUAUCCUGGUCCACAUGGAGAGUGUAAAGAGAAGAACCUUUGACAGUAAGAGUUUACCGGAGGAACACAUGGACACUCACACAGGACAGAAACUGGUUAGUUCUUCUGAAUGUGAAGCAACAUUUUCACUGAAGAAAAACACAACACAGGAAACCAACUCACCCAGAAACAUGAUCAUGAAAAAUGACUUGAUGCUAAGUGAUGUGGGAUGUGAAAAUAAACUAUACCACUGUUCUGUGUGCUCAAAAACAUUUUGCUGGAAGUCAGAGUUAGAAAUCCACAUGACAAUUCACACUGGAGAGAAGCCAUUUUGUUGUUCAGUUUGUGGAAGCAGAUUCAAACAGAAGUCUAGUUUACGCAGUCACAUGAAGUCCCACACAGGAGAAAAACCGUUCACCUGUCCACUGUGUCAAAAGUGUUUUGGAAGCAGAGGUGAGGUCAGGAAACACAUGAGAAUCCACACUGGUGAGAAACCAUUCAGCUGUUCACUGUGUCACAAAUGUUUUAGAGACCGAAGUGAGGUCAGGAGACACAUGAGAAUCCACACAGGUGAGAAACCAUUCAGCUGUUCAGAAUGCAGUAGAAGUUUUACUCAGAGGACAAGUUUGAACAAUCACAUGAGAGUCCACACAGGAGAGAGACCUUUCAUCUGUUUAGUCUGUCAGAAAAGCUUCACACGGAAACAUCGUCUUCAUUCACAUAUGAGGAUCCACACAAGAGAACAGACAGAAUGUCACAUUCACAGGAAUCAGACCAACAGAGACUAAGGAAUAAUGAUACAGUCAAAUUUUGGAGGAAAAUCUGCAUAAAUAAUUUCACAUGAUUUUUCUUACAUUUAUUUUUCUUAAUUAUUUUUUCAAUGGUGCCAUUUUUUAAAAUUAAAUGAAUUAAAAUAUAUCGUUUGUCUAUUCUCUUCUUUUCAUAUAUAGAAGACUUUUU